AUGCUGACCGCCCUCGGCCGAGGCGCGCGCCCCUUCCUUUCCCUUCCUCUCCCGUUUUGCGGCCUUAUCAUGCGCACACGCCUUUCGACGCGCCAAGCGACGGCGAGAAGCACCCUGGCAGCUGCGGCACCGCGCCCACGCCGCGCUCGUGCACGAUCGCCGUGUAGCGACGACGACGGCGGCGUCAUCAUCAUUCAACGCGCGCCGCGACCGUCGCAGGCAAACCGGCCCCGCUCACGCUCGCUUUCCUCCAAUCCACCCCAACGCGGCCGUACGAUCAACGCCAACGUCAACGCUCCCUCCCUCGCCCUCUCCCAUGCCCGGGGUCGUCGCGCACCGGAGGCGAACGCGCGCUCGCGCUCGUCAUCGGCCUCGACCCGCCCCACAAGGUCAUCAACGACGUCGAUGCGGAGCUCUUGUGCUAGGGAGGAGGAAGCUAUGACGUCCAGUCCAAGCCCCGUUCGCCGUACGCGUCCGGCGGGCAUCCCUCCAGCCGGCUACUUCGACAAGCUCCCGCGGCAAUACCGCGCUACUGUUUCCGCGUCCUCCAUCUCGCCGUCGCGACGAAGCUCCCGCCCCUCCUUGGACGCUGCGCAGAAUCACCGGGCGCCCGCGCGAGCCCGUUCUCAAUCGCUGCCUAGCGACACCGAUUCCGAGGUCGUAUUCCUGGGUCGGUGGAUGAUCGCCCCGGGCGCGGGGCCGUCGCGCUCAGCGCGUUCCCCUGGUCCAUCUGCUGCGGUACCCAAUCCCGCUGGAGUGCGCUCGCAUUCGCCCACGGCGCCGUCCGUCGCGCCUUCGUCGAACGUGUCCGACGGCAGUAGUGUUGCCAGAUCGCAUUCGAGUCCCUUGAUUCGCGGGGCUGCGCGCAUCGUGCGCGGUCUGAGGGGUCGGCCUGCGAACACCAAUAUUCCAUCUGACGCUGGCUCCAUGCGGUCGCUGGGGCGCGGGCCGCCCUCUGAGUCGGAGUAUCAACCUACGUCCGCUGAGGGCGAGGAGGAGGACGAGGCGUCGGGCUUCACAUCUCUCGGCAAGCGCAAGAAGCGCGUGGGGGGUCGUGUACGUCGUGUGCUGGGCACGGUCACCGCCGGCAUUCGAGCUGCUGCCAAAGGGAAGAAGGCUGCCAAAACCGUUGCUAAACCCAAGGCGGUUCUUGACGUCCCUGGCAAUGAAGAUACCGUGCGCCUGAGCGGGUCGGCACCUGGGGAGAUUCCACCCUUCGAGGCCUUCACCCUCAACGAUGUCUUCAACGGGGCAGCACCCGUCGAGCCAGAUGUCGUCUCAGUCCACGAGAUCGAGGACCAGCCUACAUGGAAGUCGGAAGCCCGUGCCAUCCGCAAGGCUUUCACCCGCUCUCGUUUGCAGGCCGCCCUACCUUCUUGGUUCGGUGGCAACUACGUCGCUCGCCAGACGCUCGUGCCCAUCAAGCCAGCGCAUCUCUGCCCCCGCCCCAUCCUCCCACCCCAGGCUGUAAAGUCUCACAAGCAUGCCAUCCGCUAUGCUGCCUAUGUGCAGAAUGGGGGGAUGAAGGCGCACGCGAGGAAAAGAGCGGAGAAGGCGAAGGAGAGGGACGUUUUGCACGCCGUUCAUGCACUACCCCUUCAUGUGGUCACCUCGACGGGCUGGACGACUCGGGUUAAUGUGAAGGAGCUGGGUGCAGCCGGGCAGCGCCUCAUCAUGGUGGAUUGGAGCGGGAGGUCCGAUUUUGGUAUCACCGACACCGACAAGCUCCUGCUCGUCAAGGGCAUCUGCUGGCCGGGCGACCCGACCUGGCCAUCCGUCAUCGCAGGAUGCGGCGAUUGGAUGGAGACCCUCUCCCGCACGGUUGCUAUACCUGCCAGCAGCUGGCAGAAUCGUCGUGGGAACUUAGGUGCGAUCAACUUUGGCAUAUCGUUCGGUGGGGGGCAGCAGCGUCCCGGCAACCUUGCUCUCUCGCACCACAACCGGCUGGCCAUCCAAGAGGCUACGAGUCAACCCUGCUUCAAGCGGCUGACUGGUCAUAUUGACUCUGUCAUGAGAGGCACGUUUUAUGAGCAUUGGGCGCUGUACCAUGAGACGCUGGAGGGGCUGCUCGAAGCCGAUAGCACGCUCGUCCGAAACUUCCCCGGGUCCUGCAUGGCUUGCGCAACGUUCAAUCUUGGCCCCAGCUGUGUCUCCCUACCCCACCGCGACACGCAGAACCUCGCCUUCGGCCUCUGCAUCGUACAUUCCCAGGGCGACUAUAACCCGGACAAGGGCGGCCACUUGGUCCUGUGGGACCUUGGCUAUGUGAUUCGCUUCCCUCCCGGCUCCACCAUCAUCUUCCCCUCUGCCCUUAUCAAGCACUCGAAUACGCCCAUCCAGGAGGGUGAGACCCGCCGCUCCUUCACCCAGUUCUUCUCGGGCCACUUAUUUCGCUGGGCGUACAACGGUGAUCGCACGGACAAGGAGGCUCACGCAGGGUUCGAUGAGCGUGAUUGGUUGGCCUACAACCUGGACAAGUCGACUCGAAAGAAGUUUGGGAAGGUCAUGAUCAAACCAUUAACGGGCAUGAAGAGCCACAAAGUGCGAGGCGCUCGCCCAAGGGUCGCCGCCUUGAGACCAGGCUUGGGGAACGAAGCCGCAGGCUUCCUCGACUUGAUGUCCCCCGCGAACUCGCGAGCCAAGGAGGUCUUCGAAGCUGCUUCUCCGAAACAUCGUCGAGCUGACGGGGUUCGCCAGGCGUUGGCGGAUGAUGUCGACCGGGCUCCCUCCCAUUGUAGCUACAUUUGGACCACUGUCGAACUUGUUCUCAGCCAGUCGACUGAGAGGCAGAUCGACAGGGUACUUGCGCCGAACAUCGUCUCCAUUGCGUUUGGCCUGCAAUCUGGUACCUCUCCUUCAUCCUUCAUCCUUCAUCCCUCAUUCUCCUCCUCCUCCUCCCCCUUGAAGGCACACGCUGCCCUACCCCAGGACACCCACGCCUCCUUCUAA